ACCGAGUUCAAGUAAACCCGCACCAACGAGAAAGUGGAGCUGCAGGAGCUGAAUGACCGCUUCGCCAACUACAUCGACAAGGUGCGCUUCCUGGAGCAGCAGAACAAGAUCCUGCUGGCCGAGCUCGAGCAGCUCAAGGGCCAGGGCAAAUUGCGCUUGGGGGACCUCUACGAGGAGGAGAUGCGGGACCUGCGCCAGCAGGUGGACCAGCUCACCAACGACAAGGCCCGCGUCGAAGUGGAGCGCGACAACCUGGCCGAGGACAUCAUACGGCUCCGGGAGAAGUUUCAAGAGGAGAUGCUGCAGAGAGAGGAAGCCGAGAGCACCCUGCAGUCUUUCAGACAGGAUGUUGACAAUGCUUCUUUGGCACGACUUGACCUUGAGCGCAAAGUGGAAUCCUUGCAGGAAGAGAUUGCCUUUUUGAAGAAACUCCAUGAGGAGGAAAUCCAGGAGCUGCAGGCCCAGAUUCAGGACCAGCAUGUCCAGAUCGAUAUGGAUGUUUCCAAGCCUGACCUCACGGCUGCCCUGCGAGACGUCCGCCAGCAGUAUGAAAGCGUGGCUGCAAAGAACCUUCAGGAGGCUGAGGAAUGGUACAAGUCCAAGUUUGCUGACCUCUCUGAGGCUGCUAACCGGAACAAUGAUGCCCUGCGCCAGGCGAAGCAGGAGUCAAAUGAGUACAGGAGACAGGUGCAGUCCCUCACCUGCGAAGUGGACGCCCUCAAAGGGACUAAUGAGUCUCUGGAACGCCAGAUGCGUGAAAUGGAGGAUAACUUCGCCGUCGAAGCUGCUAACUACCAAGACACUAUUGGCCGCCUGCAGGAUGAGAUUCAGAACAUGAAGGAAUAAAUGGCCCGUCACCUUCGGGAAUACCAGGACCUGCUGAAUAUCAAGAUGGCUCUCGACAUUGAGAUUGCCACCUACAGGAAGCUGCUAAAAGGCGAGGAGAGCAGGAUUGCUCUGCCUCUUCCAAACUUUUCUUCCCUGAACCUGAGGGAAACCAAUCUGGAUUCCCUCCCUCUGGUCGAUACUCACUCAAAAAGGACACUUCUGAUCAAGACGGUUGAGACUAGAGAUGGACAGGUUAUCAAUGAAACUUCUCAGCAUCACGAUGACCUUGAGUAAAGAUGGCACAGAAUCGGUGCAGCAGUCACUACCAGCAAGAAUAAAAACAGAAAUCCGUAUCUUAAAGAAACAGCUUUCAAGUGCCUUUCUGCAGUUUUUCAGGAGCGCAAGAUAGAUUUGGAAUAGGAAUAACCUCUAGUUCUUAAGAACCAACACUCUUAAAAGAUUUAGGAAAAAGUUUACAACAUAAUCUAGUUUACCAAGAAAACUUGUGCUAGAAUACUUUUUAAGAAGUAUUUUUGAAUACCAUUAAAACUGCUUUUUUUCCAACAAG